AUGUCGGCUCCGCGCAAUGCCCCUCGCGGUACCUCUCACGACGAUCCCAUCCUCGUCGCCAAUUUGUUGUGUAUGGGCACCGGGAUCGAUGGCACACUACCAAGAGCAUACGGUCUACCUAAGAUACACAAACAAGAUUGCCCACUCCGCAUAAUUGUCUCUUCAGUAGACAGUCCACUCUAUGCCUUUUCGGUUUUUUUACAUAAUAUCAUUAAAUUAUCUAUUCCUAAACCAGAGAGUCACAUCCUCAAUAGCUUCGAUCUAGUCAACAAACUUAAUGGACUACAUAUCCAAGAAACACAUGACCUGAUCUCAUUAGAUGUAGUAUCCCUCUUCACUAAUAUACCUUUGAACCUAGCAGAGGAGAGUAUCGCAAACAGAUGGACAUACAUAUCCGAUAACUGCUCGAUUCCUCGCGACGAAUUCUUAAGAGCUAUUCGCAUGGUACUGAAAUCGACUUAUUUUUCCUUCAAUUUCAUAAUCUAUCAACAGACUUUUGGCACACCCAUGGGGUCUCCGUUGUCACCAAUCAUUGCAGACAUCACUAUGCAGGACUUAGAGUGCAAAGCGAUGGAGACUCUCAGAUUUAGGCCCUUGUUUUAUAUAAGAUACGUAGACGAUAUCGCUAUGUCGGUCCCCUCCGCCAUGAAAUCUUCAACGGUUAAAAUCUUCAACUCCUUCCAUCCGAGACUACAAUUCACCAUGGAGGAGGGAACAGACAGAAAAUUGAAUUUCCUUGACACAACAAUUAACAUUAGAGACAACCACAUAGAAUUCGACUGGUACCAGAAACCUACACACUCCGGUAGAUAUUUAAAUUUUGACUCUGCUCACCCUCUUUAUCAUAAAAAAGGUACUAUAAUCUGCUUAAUCGAUCAUGCACUAUUACUUUCACAUCCAAGAUACCAUCAAAAGAAUCUAGAGCAUGUUAUCAACACCUUAUUACAAAACAACUAUCCUCUUCCUCUUAUCUUCAAUACCCUCAACAGAAGGUUAAAAACUUUUUUAAAAAAUCAGAAUGCGAUACACAUAGACAAUAACACAGUUAACACAGCUACCAAAAAAUUCUUCAACAUACCGUUCAUUCCCAGAUUCUCCCAUCAAUUUAAGCAAGUUCUCCAAGAUCUUAAUACGUCUCUUUCAUUCACCAGUAUGAACAAACUGAGUUGUGUUAUCAAAGCAUAUAAAGAUCCUCUUCCUAAAAUUGCUAAAAAAAAUGUAGUGUAUAAAAUCUCUUGCAAAGACUGUGACGCUUCGUAUGUAGGCCAAACAGGUAGAUUAUUAAAUACGAGAACUAAAGAACAUCGCAAUCACAUUAACAGAAAUACCCAACAACAGUCAAAUUAUCAAUUAUACAAAUCGCACUCUUUACUUGGCAAACACCAGUUCAAAGAUAAAAUUUCGUUGACAAUAGAUGACAGUCGUGUUAACAGUGGUAUCAAAUUAAGUCUAAUUAUUUAUAAUCAGAAAUUCAUCGUCAAUUAUGUGAAGUGUAUGGACAUCAAAAACGUGCAAAAAUGGUGCAGAGAGUUUAAAAACGGACGUACAGACGUCCAUGAUGAACAGCGUGCCGGACGGCCAUCGAAUUCGGACGAAAUGAUUGCAAAAGUGGAGAAGAUAAUGCUUGAAGAUCGACGGGUGACGAUUCGGGAGCUGUGCGAAUUGAUCCCUGAUGUCAGUGUUACCACAGUAUAA